AUGGUUCUUUCUCGUUUGGACCACCCCCACGACCCCAAUGUUUUCAAUCUGGAGCAUGUGGUCCAGGACAGUACCCUCAAAUCAGAGGAUGGCCUCGACCUCCACGAAAAAUCAACUGCCGACGCCUCGGAGGUCCCUUCCUCGACCGAGAUGGAAAUCAGCGGUGAUGAGCUGUCCCACUUGGCUAGCGGUCGCAAGACUGUUCUCCUCAUGUGCUUUUCCCUCUCAAUGUUCGUUGACGGAGCCGGCGUCGCCGCCUGUUUCCUCCUGGCGGCACCCAUCGCCGAGGACCUGGGUAUCGACACGGCCCACUCGGCGUGGAUUCUCACCGCCUACUCGCUCGCGUUUGCUGGGACCUUGCUCCUAGCCGGCCGCCUCACCGACCUGUACUCGCCCAAGAUGCUGUUUGCGGCUGGCUUUAUGGGGUUGGGCAUUCUCAACCUGGUCAUCUCGUUCAUGCAGGACCAGUAUGCGUUCUUUGUGCUGCGCGCCAUGUCGGCACUCCUUGCGGUCCUUACCGUUCCGUCCUCGGUCAACAUGAUUGUCCAGAUGUAUCCCAACCCGCACGAGCAGACAAACAAGCUCGCGGUGUUCGCGCUCGCCGGCGCGCUGUCGACCACCAUCGGCCCCAUUCUGGCUGGUGCCUUUGUCCCGGCCUCGUGGCGCUGGUUCUUCCGAUUCAUCUGCAUCGUCGCCGUCCCCAUCUCGGUCCUGUCCUUCUUCCUCCUUCCAGACACCAAGUCGGUCGCCAGUGAAACAAAGAGUACCGAAAAGUGGCGUCGCAUGGACUUUGUCGGCGUGUUUCUCAUCCUGGCCAUUCUCAUUCUGUUCAUCCUGGCAUUCACCCAGGCCGAGUUGGAUGGCUGGGGUUCCGCCAUGUUCAUCGCCCCUCUCGUCAUCUCACUUGUCCUUCUCCCCGUCUUUAUUGUAUGGGAACUGAAGCGUCCCGAAGGCUGUGCCCUCCUCCCUCACGACAUUUGGUCGUUCCCCAACAUCUUCCCGCUCAUCCUCCACACCACCGCCGUCUACGGCUGGUUCUCCUGCUUCCAGCUGCGCAUGUCCACCUACUUCCAGGAGGUGCUCGGAGACUCGGCCCUCAUGACCGGCGUCAAGUUUUUGCCACUCGGCAUCACCGGCAUCGUGAUGGGCUCGUUGAUCCAGUACAUGCCGUGGCUCAUCACGCGCCCGCGCUUCGUCAUGCCCGUCGCCUCGGCCCUCGCGUGUGCCGGCAGCCUCAUCCUGGCCUUUUCCAACGGCGGUAAAGGUGUCGACUAUUGGAAGUACAUCUUUACAGCCGAGAUCGUCGGUACUCUGGGAGCCAUGGUCUGCUUUGUGGGCAUGAACACGGGCCUGAUCCAGGCCUUCCCCCUCGAGUUUGCCGGCGUCGGCGGCAGCUUUGCCAACGUCGUCUUCCAGAUUGGCGGUGUCGUCGCGCUGGCGAUCCAGACGGGACUCCUCUCCACCGGCGACGGUACCAUCCAGGACUGGAAGGGAACCCAGAACAGCUACUUCUUUACAUCAGCCUACAUCAUGUUCACUGGUACCGUGUUCUGUCUCUGGUAUCGCCAGGACAAGAUGCCAGUCCAUGCUGCGCCCUCGGCAGCGUAG